AUGGAAAGUAGACUGUCCACUAUUGAAGCCAUCAGAGCAAAGCAAGGUCUUCAGAGACCCUCGAGGGCCAGGCUCAGAGUCACAGCAUCAGCCACAGCAGGAGCUUCUGCCAGAUCCCCCACGGCCUCGCCCCUUCCCUUCCUGCUGGUCCUGCUGGUGCUCAGCCCCAGGUCCACCUGCUCUCUGGACGGUCACCUGCCUCACAGUCACGGCCUUGGUCACAGGAGGACCAUGACGCUCCUGGGACAAAUGAGGAGAGUCUCCCCUUUCUCCUGCCUGAAGGACAGACACAAUGAGACCCCUCUGGAGGAGUGGGAUGGACCCCAGGCCCAGAAGGCACAAGCCAACUUCCUGUUCCAUGAGAGCAUCCAGCAGCUCUUCACCCUCAACAGCACACAGGAGGCUUCUGCUGCCUGGGCCAGGGCCCUCCUGGACACAGUCUGCACUGCACUCUUUGAGCAGCUAUGUGCCCUGGAAGCCUGCAGGACACAGGCAGUGAGUCUGCAGGGGACACCCCUGAUGCCUGAGGACUCCCUGCUGGCUGUGAGGAGAAACUUCCAUGGAAUCACGCUGUACCUGACAGAGAGGAAACACAGCCCCUGUGUCUGGGAGGUUGGGAGCGAAGAAAUCUGAAGAGCCAUGUCGUUAUCAAGCACCUUGCAAGAAAGAUUACAGAGCCAGGAAUGA